AGGGUUUUGAUGCCGAGGGUUUAGCUGAUGCCACUCUGUGCAUGUAGAGUGGUGAUUUCCCCUUCAUACUUGGUCACUGAUUCACUGCUCCAUCUCUGGCCUCCACUGACCAAAGGAUCCAGUCCUUGAGGAGGCGGAAUAACAGUUGGAGAAGAGGCACACGGAACAUGUUUCCGACUCUAGUGCGAUAUUUCUCCAAGAAAGCCGCGCCAGACUUGAGAAGGAUAAACCCGAGACUUCCUCCUCAGCAGGCAUCUGAGGUCUCCAAGUCACUUUAUCAGCUCAUCAAGGAUCAUGGUCCCAUUACCGUGGGAAGUACUUGGGACUACGCCAAGGAUGCUGGUAUUAGUGGUUUGAGCAGCAAAACACAUAUGAAGAUAAUGCUCAAAUGGAUGAGGGGAAGGAAGAUGCUAAAACUUUCUUGCACUCAUGUAGGUUCCAGCAAGAAAUUUUUCCACUCUACAUUGCCUGAAACACCUCAAGCUAAUCCUCCUGUAACUUCUCCAGUCGUGGAGCCUGUAGUUGCACAACGUACCUUAAAGAAGAAAAAGCAAGGCAAAUGAUAUUUUUCUUCUCUAUAAUUGAAUUAAAGAAAAUUGGAAGUGAAUGUUGGCUGUCACCGUUGCAAGUGAUAUGAAACUAUUCUGUUCUUGAGAUCUGGUGUAUGGAAUGCUUGUACUUUUUCCAGUAUGUUUGGACUACAAAAGGAAUUGUUGAAAUUCAAUUCAGACUAUGGUCCUUGUAAACAGGAUAUCUUGGUCGGUCCAACUUCUUCCAAUCAAUUUUGCUAAUUGCUGUAUUGUCUCAUAGACAUUUAGUCUAAUUGCAAAGUUCUUUUCUCCAA